CUGCGUGAUUGUCACACUGAAUUUUACUGAGCACUUGAAACCUUCAAGAAACGCUUCUAAUUAAAUUGAUUUACUAAAAUUGUCAACGAUAAGCAUUAGCGAUACGGAAUGCCUUUCUGAUAUCGGGCUCCUGUUAUCUCAGACAUCCCCGAGUAGUUUUAUGCUAAGGUUACACAAGGAGAGAGAGCUGUCAAAGUGUUAGCUGGGAUUAGCUGCCUUGGCUUGUCAUUAUGGUAGCUAGGUAGCAAACGCUCAAAACAUGCAGUUACUUAUAUUUAAUAAUCGUGGGCAGGUUAUGCCCUUGAUGACACGUUUUCUUGAUUUGAAAAUAUGCACGAUUAGAAGACGUAGGCCUAUUCAGGCUUACAGUACCGUAUGCACACUGAUUAGGCACCGGUGGAUGAAAAGUGCAGUGGUGUAUCUACCAGAACAGCUUUCCAAAGGUUACAGCUCCAGUGUCGAAAAGGGAGGCAUUGACAUGUCGAAGUUCCCUGUCGACAAGAUAAGGAAUUUCAGUAUCAUCGCCCACAUCGAUCACGGGAAGAGCACAUUAGCUGACAGGCUAUUGGAGAUAACAGGGGCCAUUGUAAAAACUGAGAAAAAUAAGCAAGUGCUUGAUAAGCUACAGGUGGAGCGUGAGAGAGGCAUCACAGUCAAGGCCCAAACUGCCUCCUUGUUCUACAAACACCAAGAUGAAACAUACCUACUCAAUCUCAUUGACACACCAGGUCAUGUUGACUUCAGCUAUGAAGUGUCACGGUCCAUUUCUGCUUGCCAAGGAGUUCUUCUUGUUGUUGAUGCCAACCAGGGGAUUCAAGCUCAGACGGUGGCCAACUUCUACUUGGCAUUUGAGGCCCAGCUUGCUAUCAUCCCGGUUAUAAACAAGAUUGACCUUAAAAACGCUGAUCCGGAGAGGGUGGAGAAGCAGAUUGAGAAGGUCUUUGACAUCCCAAAGGAGGAGUGCAUUAGGAUCUCUGCCAAGCAGGGCACUAAUGUCGAACAAGUUCUCCAGGAGGUCGUGAAAAGGAUCCCCCCGCCCACUGCCAAAAAGGAGGAUCCCCUCCGAGCCUUAGUGUUUGACUCCACGUUUGACCACUACAGGGGGGUCAUCGCCAACAUUGCUCUCUUUGGGGGCCGAGUGUCUAAAGGGGAUAAGAUUGCGUCUGCCCACUUGGGUAAAACCUACGAAGUGAAUGAGCUUGGUAUCCUGAGACCUGAUGAGCGUCCUACAAACACACUGUAUGCGGGUCAGGUGGGAUAUAUCAUUGCUGGGAUGAAAGAGGUUAAAGAAGCUCAAAUUGGAGACACGCUUUAUCACCAUAAACAACCGGUGGAACCCCUGCCAGGAUUCAAACCAGCCAAAGCCAUGGUAUUCGCUGGGAUGUACCCCACGGACCAGUCUGAGUACAUGGCCUUGCGGGGGGCCGUGGAGAAGCUGACCCUCAAUGACUCCAGUGUGACGGUGCAAAGAGACAGCAGUCUGGCUUUGGGUGCCGGAUGGAGAUUGGGCUUUCUGGGCCUGCUGCAUAUGGAGGUGUUUAACCAACGCUUGGAGCAGGAGUACAACGCCUCGGUCAUCGUGACGGCACCCACUGUGCCUUACAAAGCGGUCCUCACCGCGGCCAAGCUCAUUAAGGAGUAUGGGCAAGAGGAAAUCACCAUAGUGAAUCCUGCCCAGUUCCCCGACAAGUCUCUGGUGUCAGAGUACCUGGAACCAAUGGUUCUUGGCACCAUUAUUGCCCCUGAUGAUUUCACUGGCAAAAUUAUGACAAUGUGCCUGAAUCGCAGAGCUACUCAAAAGAACAUGAUUUACAUUGAUGAGCACCGAGUCAUGAUGAAGUACAUCUUUCCCCUCAAUGAGAUUGUGGUGGAUUUCUACGACAGUCUCAAGUCGAUGUCCUCAGGAUACGCUAGUUUUGACUACGAGGACGCCGGCUAUCAGACGGCGAAUUUGAUUAAGAUGGACUUCCUCUUAAAUGGGAGACCAGUGGAGGAACUCACCACCAUUGUGCACAAAGACAAGGCCUACAGCAUGGGAAAGGCCAUGUGUGAACGGCUGAAGGACUCCAUUCCCAGGCAGAUGUUUGAGAUUGCUGUCCAGGCGGCCAUUGGGAGUAAGGUCAUCGCUAGAGAAACGAUCAAAGCAUACAAGAAGAAUGUUUUGGCAAAAUGUUAUGGAGGAGACAUCACACGAAAAAUGAAACUGCUGAAAAAGCAGUCAGAGGGGAAGAAGAAGAUGCGUCGCAUUGGGAAUGUAGAGGUCCCCAAAGAUGCAUUUAUUAACGUUUUAAAACGGAAGGACAAAUAACACAUUAAAGAAGGAUGUUCUCAAGAUGCGCUCUAUCACAGAACCACUGUGCAUGAUGCAAUGGAACAUGACCUCUGAACUUUGACAUCAUCAUAUGAUGUGCUGAUGAGGCUGCU